AUGAGUGAACGACAUCUUACGUCGUCUACUUAUCUACAACAACAAUGGCAACAGAAUCAGAAUCCAAGUUCUAAUAAAGGUCAUCAAGGUCAUUUCAUAGUAUCCUCUUCACAACGAUCGCAUUCAAUUUCGGAUGAUGAUAUCACGGAACAUGAAGAUUUUACUAAGGAUACAACUACUAAAAUUGUUCAACGUCGUCAUAAACGAAAACAGGUUCAAAUACAUGCACACAAUUAUAAUACGAGACAAAAUGCCAGUCGACAGUCAAGUUCACGGACAACAGCUGUUCAGUUCGAUUCCACUCAGUUAAAUCAGUUUAUUCAGUCUACUCAAUUUAUUCAGUCUAAUCAGAAACAGACAGAAACGAUGACUGUUUCAACAUUUAACAACGAUCAAUUAACUGAGGAAGCUGAAAGGUUUGCACGUACACGUUAUCCAUUUCCACCGUUUAUUGUUCGUUUUCCAUCAUCCAAUAUAAAAGAACAGAAGGUAUCAGAGGAAUUAUGUAAACAUCUAAAAGACAAUAAACAUGUCCAAUUGGAAUUGAUUGGAUAUCGUCGUUCGACUCUUAAAUGUACCGCUAAUGAAUGUGAUAUUUUAUUUUUUGUUAAAGACAGUCUCUCUUUCUCAUUUUUGUAUAA